AUGGCCCAAAUCCUAGUCCACGACGCUCUCCAGCUUCCCCAGCCGGCAGUGGGACCCUCGCGGCCGCCGCUGUCCCGGAUCUCGUCGAGCCCGGGUCCCGGCACGGCGCCCAAGACGGGCAUCGUCGUCUUCUCUGGCGGAAGCGCGGCCAACAGCCUGGUCGACGUGUUUGAGGGCGUGCGGGCCGCCAGUGCGGCGACGCUGAGCUACGUGAUUCCCAUCUCGGACAAUGGCGGCAGCACGAGCGAGAUCAUCCGCGUGUUCGGAGGACCAGGCAUCGGAGAUGUGCGCUCUCGCCUCGUCCGCCUCAUCCCCAACGACAACAAGCCCGAAACAACGGCCAUCAAGCUUCUCUUCAACCACCGCCUGCCCCAAGUCUACGACACAGCGCGAGCCGAGUGGUUCGACAUCGUCGAGGGCACGCACCCGCUGUGGCUCGACAUCUCGUCGCCCAAGCGCGAGCUGAUCCGGUCCUUCUUCAACAGCUUCAACCUCGAGGUCGUCAAGCGCAUGCGGCCCAGCAGCCGCUUCGACUUCUCCGGGUCCAGCAUCGGCAACCUGUUCCUGACCGGAGCCAGGCUCUUCACCGGCAGCUUCGAGGCCGCCAUCUGCCUGCUGAGCUCCAUCUGCGCCGUUCCCGAUCGCGUGGCUGUUCUGCCGGCUCUCAACACAAACUUUGCCCAUCACAUCGCCGCGGGACUCGUCGAUGGCACUGUCAUCACCGGUCAAAACGACAUCUCACAUCCCAGUGCGCCCACGGCUGCUGUGCCACUGCCGGGCCCGGCUCCGACCCCUGGAUCGCACACGCCGGCGCUGUCGACGAACCACGACCUGGACGAGCACGACAUCGAAGACGCAAACCUGCCCGGCAGUCUACCUGCUCUGCGCCGGCCCGCCAUCGCCUUUUCCAAGCAGGACGAGGAGGAUCUGCCAUGCCGCAUCGACCGCAUCUGGUACAUCAACCCGUACGGCCAGGAGAUGCGCAUCCCAGCCAAUCCGCGCGUGCUCGAGGCCAUCCGCAGCUCGCACUCAGUCAUUUACAGCAUCGGCUCGCUCUUCACGUCGCUGGUGCCCAAUUUGGUGCUCAAGGGCGUGGGCGAGGCGAUCGCCAGCCCGCACAUCCGAAACAAGAUCCUGGUCCUCAACGGCACCACCGAUCGUGAAACCGGCCCAUCUAGCAACCCCUUUUCCGGGCUCGAUUUCGUCGCCACCAUCGCAAACGCCUGCGCAGACUCGAGGGGCUUGCCUCGGCCGCCUGCGGAUGAGUACUCGCUGUAUGUGACGCAUGUCAUUUACAUCGAGGGCCCUACGAGUCCCAUUGUGGACAAGCGGCUGUUUGCCCAGCUGGGCAUCGACACGACGAGGCUGUACGGACCGAAAGAUGGACAGGGCAAGGGAGGGAGAUAUGAUGCAAAGGCGCUGGCGCAGACGCUUGAGAGCAUCAUUGGGCGCAAGGACACGCGCUCUGACAGGAGUCGACGCAACACUCUGGUAGGAUAGACAUGUCUUGUUUUGUAAUAUAAUACAAUAUACCAUUUAUUAUCUGUUUUCUUCAG